GGAUUAUCCUGUGAACAUGUACCUAUUCCUUCGCUUGAAGUUGGAUGAACCGAAGGCUAAACCUUCGAAAAAGGUCGCACCCGCUCCUUACCCUGUCAAGAAAAAGGAUGGAUCUAAGUCCACAAAAAAUCCAUUAUUUGAGAAGAGACCUCGUAAUUUUGGAAUAGGACAAGAUAUUCAACCCAAGCGUGAUUUGACCCGCUUUGUUAAAUGGCCCGAAUACGUACGUUUGCAAAGACAACGCAAGAUUCUCAACCAACGUCUUAAAGUUCCUCCUGCCAUCAAUCAAUUUACCAAGACCUUGGAAAAGAGCACUGUUACUACCGUCUUCAAGUUGUUAAACAAGUAUCGCCCUGAAACUAAGGCCGAGAAAAAAGAACGCCUCGCUUCCGCCGCCGCUCUCAAGGCAGAGGGAAAGAAGUAUGAGCCAAAGAAACCUUAUGUUAUUAAAUAUGGCAUUAAUCAUAUUACAGCUCUUGUUGAGGCCCAAAAGGCCAAGUUGGUGUUGAUUGCCCACGAUGUCGACCCUAUCGAAAUUGUCCUUUGGUUGCCCGCUCUUUGCCGAAAAAUGCAAGUGCCUUACGCCAUCAUCAAGGAUAAGGCCCGUUUGGGAACUGUAGUGCAUAAAAAGACAGCCACCGCCUUAUGUUUUGUCGAUAUCCGUGACGAAGAUAAAUCUACAUUUUCAAACUUAGUUAACGGAAUUAAAAUUAACUACAAUGAGAAGUUUGAAGAAACUAGGAAACAUUGGGGUGGUGGUAUCAUGGGUGUUAAAUCUCAAGCCAUGAUGCUUAAGAGAGAGAAAAAUGCUGGUAGAGAAAUCAAAAAAAUUGAAUAA